GGCGGCCACACUAAGAGGCCUGGGGGAGUCUGAGCCAAGGGGGACGUGGCGCUCUGCGACGCAGGCUGGGAGGCUGCCCCUUUUCCUUCCCUCGCUUUCCUGGAGAAGCCUAUGGAGCAGGAUUUGGACCGGAUCCCGCAGAACAUCAACUGGCCAAUUAGUUACGAAGGGAAGUUCUUCAUCAUGUCCAGAAGAGGAGAUGAGGCAGAGUACUUACUCCCGAGAGAUGGUCUUGCUAAUUCAUAAGCUACAAGAAAAAAAAUAGAUUGGGGAAGGUUUGGUCUAUUUAAUGGACAUGGCUCAGAUAUCCAGCAGCAAUGGAUUUAAACAAAAUUCAUCUUCACAUCUAGAAUCAACAAGAACAUCAGAUGUGGACAAAGAAGAAGCAUUGCAGAUGGAAGCAGAGGCUUUAGCAAAACUGCAGAAGGAUAGACAAGGAACUGACAACCAGAGAGACGUUGAGUUGUCAAGCAGCAACAGACAAAAAGCACAAGUUUUUAACAAACAGGAUUAUGAUCUCAUGGUAUUUCCUGAAUCAGAUUCCAAAAAAAGAGCAGUAGAUAUUGAUGUAGAAAAACUCACCCAAGCUGAACUUGAGAAACUGUUGCUAGAUGACAAUUUUGAGACUAAAAAGACACCUGCAUUACCAGUUACUCCUGUUCUGAGCCCUUCGUUUUCAGCACAGCUCUAUCUUAGACCCACUAUUCAGAGAGGACAAUGGCAACCUGGCUUAUCUGGGCCUUCCAAUUAUACUUUACCUUCUAUUUAUCCUUCAGCUUACAGUAAACAGGCUGCAUUCCAGAAUGGCUUCAAUCCAAGAAUGCCUACUUUUCCACCUACAAAACCUGUAUAUUUAAGUCUUCCGGGACAUUCUCCAUACUUUUCAUAUCCUUUGACACCUGUCACACCUUUUCAUCCUCAAGGAAGCUUACCUAUCUAUCAUCCAGUAGUCAGUCCUGACAUGGCAAAACUAUUUGACAAAAUAGCUAGUACAUCUGAAUUUUUAAAAAAUGGGAAAGCAAGGACUGAUUUGGAAAUAAAUGCAAAAGCUACAGUUAGCAAUCUACAGGUAUCCCCAAAAUCUGAAGAUAUCAGUAAAUUUGACUGGUUAGACUUGGAUCCUCUAAGUAAGCCAAAAGUGGACAAUGUGGAAAUAUUAGAUCAUGAAGAGAAAAAUGUUCCAAGUUUGCUAGCAGAAGAUCCUUGGGAUGCUGUUCUUCUUGAAGAAAGAUCACUUGCAAGUUGUCACCUUGAAAGAAAGGUGAAUGGAAAAUCUCUUUCUGGGACAACUGUAACAAGAAGUCAGUCUUUAAAUAUUCGAACAACUCACGUUACAAAAGUCCAGGGCCAAAUGUCUCAGAAAGACCCAAAUGGGACCAGUAGUUUGCCAACUGGAAGUUUUCCUCUGCAAGAAAUUGAAGUACAGAAUGAAGAGGUGGCAGCUUUUUGUCAGUCCAUUACAAAAUUGAAGACCAAAUUUCCAUAUACCGAUCACUGCACAAAUCCAGGCUAUUUAUUAAGUCCAGUCACGGUGCAAAGAAACGUAUGUGGAGAAAAUGCUAGUGUCAAGGUCUCCAUUGAAAUUGAAGGAUUUCAACUACCAGUUACUUUUACAUGUGAUGUGAGUUCUACUGUUGAAAUCAUUAUAAUGCAAGCUCUUUGCUGGGUACACGAUGACUUGAAUCAAGUAGAUGUUGGCAGCUAUGUUUUGAAAGUUUGUGGUCAAGAAGAAGUGCUGCAAAAUAAUCAUUGCCUUGGAAGUCAUGAGCAUAUUCAAAACUGUCGAAAAUGGGACACAGAGAUUAAACUACAACUUUUGACCUUCAGUGCAAUGUGCCAAAUAUUGGCUCGAACAGCAGAAGAUGAUGAAACACCUGUGGAUUUAAACAAAUACCUGUAUCAAAUAGAAAAACCUUAUAAAGAAGUCAUGACAAGACACCCUGUGGAAGAACUAUUAGAUUCUUAUCACAACCAAGUAGAACUGGCCCUUAAAACAGAAAACCAGCACCGAGCAGUGGAGCAAGUAAUUAAAGCUGUAAGAAGAAUCUGUAGUGCUUUAGAUGGUGUAGAGACUCUUGCCAUUACAGAAUCAGUAAAGAAGCUAAAGAGAGCAGUUAACCUUCCGAGGAGUAGAAGUGCUGAUGUGACUUCACUGUCAGGAGGAGGAGACGCUAUCAAGAGUUCAGCUCAGGGCUCAAUGAAUCCUGAAAAUCUCGUUCAAGUAAGCGUGAACCAAUUAACUGCAGCAAUUUAUGAUCUUCUCAGACUCCAUGCAAAUUCUGGUAGGGGUUCUACAGAGUGUGCCCCAAGUGGCAGAAACAUUAGGGAAGCAUGGACUACAACAGAACAGCUCCAGUUUACUAUUUUUGCUGCACAUGGAAUUUCAAGUAACUGGGUAUCAAAUUAUGAAAAAUACUACUUGGUGUGCUCCCUGUCUCACAAUGGAAAGGAUCUUUUUAAACCAAUUCAGUCAAAGAAGGUUGGCACUUAUAAGAAUUUCUUCUAUCUUAUUAAAUGGGAUGAACUAAUCAUUUUUCCCAUCCAGAUAUCACAAUUGCCAUUAGAAUCACUUCUUCAUCUUACUCUUUUUGGAAUUUUAAAUCAGAGCAGUGGAAGUUCCCCUGAUUCUAAUAAGCAGAGAAAGGGGCCAGAAGCUUUGGGCAAAGUUUCCUUACCUCUUUUUGACUUUAAACGGUUUUUAACAUGCGGAACCAAACUUCUGUAUCUUUGGACUUCAUCACAUACAAAUUCUAUUCCUGGAACACUUCCCAGAAAAGGCUAUGUCAUGGAAAGAAUAGUGCUACAGGUUGAUUUUCCUUCUCCUACAUUUGAUAUUAUUUAUACGACUCCUCAAGUUGACAGAAGCAUUAUACAGCAACAUAACUUAGAAACACUGGAGACUGAUGUAAGAGAGAAACUUCUUGAUAUUCUUAACAGAGAUUCAUCCCUUGGACUUUCUAAAGAAGAUAAGGCCUUUUUGUGGGAGAAACGUUAUUAUUGCUUCAAACACCCCAACUGUCUUCCUAAAGUACUAGCGAGUGCUCCAAACUGGAAAUGGGCUAAUCUUGCAAAAACGUACUCAUUGCUUUACCAGUGGUCUCCGUUGUACCCACUGACCGCGUUGGAGCUUCUUGACUCAAAAUUUGCUGAUCAGGAAGUAAGAUCUCUCGCUGUGACCUGGAUCGAGGCCAUUAGUGACGAUGAAUUAACAGAUCUUCUUCCACAGUUUGUGCAGGCUUUGAAAUAUGAAAUUUACUUGAAUAGUUCAUUAGUGCGCUUCCUUCUGUCCAGGGCAUUGGGAAAUAUCCAAAUAGCCCACACUUUGUAUUGGCUUCUCAAAGAUGCCCUGCAUGAUGCACAAUUUGGUACCCGAUACGAACAUGUUUUGGGUGCUCUCCUCUCGGUAGGAGGAAAAGGACUCAGAGAAGAACUUUUAAAGCAGACAAAACUCGUACAGCUUUUAGGAGGAGUAGCAGAAAAAGUAAGGCAGGCUAGUGGAUCAGCCAGACAGGUUGUCCUCCAAAGGAGUAUGGAACGAGUACAGUCCUUUUUUCUGAGAAAUAAAUGCCGUCUCCCUCUGAAUCCAAGUCUAGUGGCAAAAGAAUUAAAUAUUAAGUCAUGUUCUUUCUUCAGUUCUAAUGCCAUGCCCCUAAAAGUCACAAUGGUGAAUGCCGAUCCUAUGGGGGAAGAAAUUAAUGUUAUGUUUAAGGUUGGCGAAGAUCUUCGACAAGAUAUGUUAGCUUUACAGAUGAUAAAGAUUAUGGAUAAAAUAUGGCUUAAAGAAGGACUAGAUCUGAGGAUGGUAAUUUUCAAAUGUCUCUCAACUGGCAGAGAUCGAGGCAUGGUGGAGCUAGUUCCUGCCUCGGAUACCCUCAGGAAAAUCCAAGUGGAGUAUGGUGUGACAGGAUCCUUUAAAGACAAACCACUUGCAGAGUGGCUGAGGAAAUACAAUCCGUCUGAAGAGGAAUAUGAAAAGGCUUCUGAGAAUUUUAUCUAUUCUUGUGCUGGAUGCUGUGUAGCCACCUACGUCUUAGGCAUCUGCGAUCGACACAAUGACAAUAUAAUGCUUAGAAGCACAGGACACAUGUUUCACAUUGACUUCGGAAAGUUUUUAGGCCAUGCACAGAUGUUUGGUAGCUUCAGAAGGGAUCGGGCUCCUUUCGUGCUGACCUCUGAUAUGGCAUACGUCAUUAAUGGGGGUGAAAAGCCCACCAUUCGUUUCCAGUUGUUUGUGGACCUCUGUUGCCAGGCCUACAACUUGAUACGAAAGCAAACAAACCUCUUUCUUAACCUCCUUUCACUGAUGAUUCCUUCAGGAUUACCAGAACUUACAAGUAUUCAAGAUUUGAAAUAUGUUAGAGAUGCACUUCAGCCCCAAACUACAGAUGCAGAAGCUACAAUUUUCUUUACCAGGCUGAUUGAGUCAAGUUUGGGAAGCAUCGCCACGAAGUUCAACUUCUUCAUUCACAACCUUGCUCAGCUACGGUUUUCUGGUCUUCCUUCUAAUGAUGAACCCAUCCUUUCAUUUUCACCCAAAACAUACUCCUUUAGACAAGACGGGCGAAUCAAGGAAGUCUCUGUUUUCACAUAUCAUAAGAAAUACAACCCAGAUAAACAUUAUAUUUAUGUUGUCCGAAUUUUGAGGGAAGGACAGCUUGAACCAUCAUUUGUUUUCCGGACAUUUGACGAGUUUCAGGAACUUCACAAUAAACUCAGUAUUAUUUUUCCACUUUGGAAGUUACCAGGCUUUCCUAAUAAGAUGGUUCUAGGAAGAACACACAUAAAAGACGUAGCAGCCAAAAGGAAAAUUGAGUUAAACAGUUAUUUACAGAGUUUGAUGAGUGCUUCAACGGAUGUAGCAGAGUGUGAUCUGGUUUGUACUUUUUUCCACCCUUUACUUCGUGAUGAGAAAGCUGAAGGAAUAGCUAGGUCUGCAGAUGCAAGUCCUUUCAGUCCUACUCCAGGCCAAGUAGGAGGAUCAGUAAAAUUAUCUGUCUCUUACCGAAAUGGUACUCUUUUUAUCAUGGUGAUGCAUAUCAAAGAUCUGGUUACUGAAGAUGGGACUGACCCUAAUCCAUAUGUCAAAACAUACCUACUUCCAGAUACCCACAAAACCUCCAAACGUAAAACAAAAGUUUCACGAAAAACUAGGAAUCCAACAUUCAAUGAAAUGCUUGUGUACAGUGGAUAUAGCAAAGAAACCCUAAGACAGAGAGAACUUCAACUAAGUGUACUUAGUGCAGAAUCUCUGCGAGAGAAUUUUUUCUUGGGCGGAAUAACCUUGCCUUUGAAAGAUUUCAACUUAAGCAAAGAGACGGUGAAGUGGUAUCAGCUGACUGCAGCAACGUACUUAUAGAUGAGUGAACUUCUGAGCUUUGGAAGCAAGAACAGUUGUAAACAUGUGCUUACAUACACCUGUGAACUUUGUAUAGUAUUUUUAUACUUCGAUAGAAAUGAUAAAGUUAAAUAUACUUGCUGCAUUUCAACACACCCAUUGGACCAACAGUCACAUAACUAAUAACUUUUAUGAAUUUGUGGAAGCCAUUGCUAUUGUAAAGGCAUCGUGUAAAAUGCUACAAACCCUAAACUUUUAAUAAGGUCUGAAAAAGACUUGGAGAUAGAACUGUGUCUGCUCAGCCACCUAUUUUGCAUUGUUUCCUACAGACAUAGCCUGUAUAUUUCCCUGUUACGCACCUUCUAGAGCCUUCACCACUGUGUAUGUUCACAAACACCAAAGUAAAGAUGCAGGAUGUUACCGUAAAAUGCAGCUGCUAUUCACCAGGUUGGGAAGCAAAGCACAACAGAUAAUAGAUAGCUCUGUUCAGAACUACUCAGUAGUUUGUAGAAGUAGGGGAAAAAACAAUAUUGCUUUUUAUUCAUGUCUUUAAAGCCUUUUUCAGAAAAAGUGCCAAUCACCAAAAUUGUAAAUAAUGGUGCCUUACUUAACUUUAUAUGCUUCCUUGGCACUUUUUCUGAUGUUUUUCCUGACUUUUCACUCACUUUCAACUUGUUAAGGACAAGAAGAGAUGAUUUUCUCUACUUCUGAUGUGUGACUUAGUUAUUUUAACAGUCAAGCCAUUUAAGUUUUUGUUGCCCAAUACCCAAACAAGACUCGUCAAUCUAACUGUAUACAAAGUUCCCAUCAUUCCACUGUAAUCCCACAUGUAUGCCCACAUGUGUGAACUGAAGUUUGGUCAUUUCACCUCCAUCUCUCUACCCUCUGCUUCAUCAUUAAAACACGUGGAAGUUGUUCACUCAUAUGCUCAUUCCUGUUUGCAACAAAAUUCCGUUAGUAGGGCAGACUCUUCACAAGAGGCCCAGGACAAGAAUUCUUGGGUCCAGACUGAGUUUUAAUAUAGACGUCUAUGACCGUUUGUCUUGUAAGCUGUCUUACAUUUGUAAACGUACAUUCACAUGACAGAAUUAUUCUACUUAAUAUAAUGGGAUUCAGAAUCAUAAGGGACAGGAUUGAAAUUAUUCUGUAGUAGCCAUUAAAAAUGAUUCAUUUUUAUUAUUCAUUCAACUUCAAACAAUUUUGUUUAGUUUAGCUAAAUAUGUAUUUAUAGUAAUCACUCUCAUGGUUAGAAUAGAAAUUCGGACACUUUUAAAAUGGCAAUAAAAACUGUAGUAGUCAGGUUGCUGUGAGAAAACUGACAAAACAGUCAACGAAGAGUAUCGAGAGAAAGGACAAUCUCUGAUCGGUUCCCUAAACAGAAUCUGUGUGAGCUGUAUAAAUGUUUAGUGUAAAUUGCAUUUCUUACAGAGCAGAAAUAGAAGAGUUGAGGACAGAUCAGUGACACAGGUUUAAAAAAAAAGUCUUGAUAUUUUUGGUGCCUAACACUAAUGGUCCAUUUGUAGAAAAACCAAUGAGUGUGAUAUAUGAAUAUCUUUUUUAAAUGUUAAAAUUGUUGUCUAUUUAAUAAGUUAAUUAAAAUGCAGAUAAAAACACCACUGUUUGCUUUUUCCACGGUUAACGUUUCCUUUAAGUGUGUAAGUAUCUUCGUAAAUGUAAAUAGCACAAAUUUUUCACCUGCUUCUGAGACCUAAUUCCAUUCCAUGAGUUGUCACUUAGCCACUGUAAAAAAAUAAAGUACUGUCUUGGUCAAAGGUCAUUGUUAAUUGAACUUAACAUGCACUACUGCAUUUUGGUAGUCUGUUACAGCAGUGUCUUCUAGCAGAAAUAAUAGAGCUAGCAAAUUUAAUGUCACUUUUCAAUUAUCAGAAAUCGGGAUUUAUAUCUGAAAGUGUAUAUGAUGAUUAAUACUGUACAGUUAAUAAGAAUAGUGAUAAUGUUUUCUCUUAAUUUAACUCAUCCUGUGCCUUUUUGGUCAUUAAAACACAUACAUGUAUUUUACAUAUAUUUUAAUAUAAGUUUUUCUUCACUAAAUGCUAAUCUUUAGCCCAUACCAAAACAAACAAACAAAAGGAUAGACUCUUUGCACUACUAACUACUACCAGUUGAAUUUUAAAUCAGUUGGAUUCGUAAACAUCUUUUUAAAGGUUUGAAGUAAAUAUGAAAAACAA